GUUCAGGCUCAGGCUCAGGCUCCUUCAUCACAUUCGUCUUCUCCUCCUCCUGUUAUUGUUGGAGACGGGGUGGUGGCUUCCGGCGUCAGCGACGGAGUGAACCACGGUGCUCUGUGUUCGCUCUACGUCGGAGAUCUGGAUUUCAAUGUGACUGAUUCUCAGCUCUAUGACUAUUUCACCGAGGUGUGUCAGGUCGUAUCUGUCCGCGUCUGCCGUGACGCUGCCACCAACACUUCUCUUGGAUAUGGUUACGUCAACUACAGCAACGGCGACGAUGCGGAAAAGGCAAUGCAGAAGCUUAACUACUCUUACAUCAAUGGCAAGAUGAUUCGGAUUACUUACUCUACUCGUGACUCUUCUGCUCGUAGAAGUGGGAUUGGGAACUUAUUUGUUAAGAAUCUGGACAAGUCAGUGGACAACAGAACUCUGCACGAGACGUUCUCAGGGUGUGGGAAUAUUGUGUCCUGUAAGAUUGCUACUGAUCACAUGGGUCAGUCCAAAGGAUACGGCUUUGUGCAGUUUGAGAGCGAGGAUUCGGCUAAAACCGCUAUUGAGAAGCUUAAUGGCAAAGUUCUGAAUGACAAACAGAUCUUUGUUGGACCUUUCCUCCGCAAAGAGGAAAGAGAGUCUGUUGCCGACAAGAUGAAGUUCACCAAUGUCUAUGUGAAGAAUCUCUCGGAGGCGACUAAUGAUGAUGAGCUGAAGACUGCUUUUGGUCAGUACGGUAGUAUCUCGAGCGCUGUGGUUAUGAGGGACGGGGAUGGGAGGUCAAGGUGUUUCGGAUUUGUCAACUUUGAAAAUGCAGAAGACGCAGCACGUGCUGUGGAGGCCCUCAACGGGUUGAAAAUUGAUGACAAGGAGUGGUAUGUAGGUAAAGCUCAGAAGAAAUCCGAGAGGGAACUUGAGCUGAGCCGGAGAUACGAACAGGGCUCAAGGGAGACGGGAAACAAGUUCGACGGUUUGAAUCUGUAUGUGAAAAACCUCGAUGAUACCGUCACUGAUGAGAAGCUCCGUGAGCUUUUUGCCGAGUUUGGUACAAUUACUUCCUGCAAGGUUAUGAGAGACCCUAGUGGUACUAGCAAAGGAUCAGGAUUUGUUGCCUUCUCAGCUGCCAGUGAAGCUUCUAGAGUGCUGAACGAAAUGAAUGGUAAAAUGGUUGGUGGCAAACCGUUGUAUGUCGCUCUUGCACAAAGGAAGGAAGAAAGAAGGGCUAAGCUUCAGGCACAGUUCUCUCAAAUGAGACCUGCCUUUAUCCCCGGUGUUGGUCCUCGUAUGCCGAUAUUCCCAGGUGGUGCUCCAGGUAUGGGACAACAGAUGUUUUACGGUCAAGGUCCUCCACCAAUCAUGCCUCACCAGGCUGGAUUUGGAUAUCAGCCACAGAUGGUUCCUGGAAUGAGGCCAGGCUAUUUCGGCCCGAUGAUGCAGCCAGGUCAGCAAGGACCACGACCAGGUGGUCGACGGUCAGGUGAUGGACCCAUGCGCCAUCAGCCUCAGCAACCAAUGCCCUACAUGCAGCCACAGAUGAUGCCGAGAGGACGCGGGUACCGUUACCCUAGAAACAUGCCCGACGGUCCAAUGCCAGGAGGAAUGGUUCCAGUUGCUUAUGACAUGAAUGGAAUGCCUUAUGCUCAGCCUUUGGCUUCUUCCCUUGCUCAAGCCACACCUGCACAGCAGAGAACACUUCUUGGUGAGAGUCUAUACCCAUUAGUGGACAAGAUCGAGCACGAGAACGCUGCGAAAGUGACCGGUAUGCUUCUGGAGAUGGACCAGACUGAAGUUUUGCAUCUGCUCGAGUCACCAGAGGCUCUGAAUGCGAAAGUUUCAGAGGCGUUGGAUGUGUUGAGAAACGUGAAUCAGCCAUCAACGCAGGUGAGUGAAGGCAAGAGUGGAGGAAGCCCAAGUGAUCUCUUGGCUUCACUAUCCAUUAAUGAUCACUUAUGA